GCCUAUAUACGGUCUAGUGUAGCCUAGCCUACACAGGGAAAAUAGUGUAUUUUAAUGGCCUCUCCAAAGCAGCACUUUAGGAUCCACUAGAACUGUUCCCUCGAGAAGGUGGCUACCGGACAUGUCUGCAAGAGUGGAACAUGCGCAGGACACACACCAUUCCAAUGAGAAGCCUCAGAUUCAGUGCUACAAGUGUGGGGAGCCAUGUAAGGGUGAGGUGCUGCGAGUCCAGUCCAAGCACUUCCACCUGAAGUGCUUCACCUGUAAAGUGUGUGGCUGUGACCUGGCUCACGGAGGCUUCUUCAUGAAAAAUGGAGACUACCUGUGUACCCUGGACUACCAGCGAAUGCACGGUACACGCUGCAACGGCUGUAGUGACUUUGUGGAGGGAGAGGUGGUCACUGCCCUAGGCAAGACUUACCACCCUGCCUGCUUUGUCUGCACCAUCUGCAAACGACCAUUUCCUGCUGGGGAUAGGGUCACCUUCAAUGGCAAAGACUGUCUGUGUCAGUACUGUGUCCAGCCCACGUCCCCAGGACCUGGCAAAGACCUCAUCGACUCCAACUGUAAGGGCUGUGGUAGAGACAUUAAGAAUGGUCAGGCUCUCUUAGCACUGGAGAGACAGUGGCACCUGGGCUGCUUUAAGUGUAAGGCCUGUCAAAAAGUCCUCACUGGGGAGUACAUCAGCAAGGAUGGCGCACCCUAUUGUGAGAAGGACUACCAGAUCCAUUUUGGGGUCCAGUGCGAGGCAUGCCAGCAGUUUAUCACAGGCAAAGUGCUGGAGGCAGGGGACAAACACUACCAUCCCAGCUGUGCACGAUGCAGCAGGUGCAACCAGAUGUUCACAGAAGGAGAAGAGAUGUACCUGCAAGGAUCAACCGUGUGGCACCCUGGCUGUAAGAACACAACCAGAACAGAGGUGCAACAGAGGGAACAGCCUUCAAGGUCGUCAUCCGAUAGUAUCUGUUCCAGACCUGGUUCAAGCAUACAUGGCUCACCAGGUCAUACCAUAUAUGCAAAAGUAGACAAUGAGAUCCUUGAAUACAGGGACCUAGCUGCCAUUCCCAAAGUCAAAGCCAUUUAUGAUAUAGACCGCCCUGAUCUGAUUACCUACGAGCCUUUGUACACUUUGUCCCUUGACGAGAGGGAGGAGAGGAAGGAGAGUGUGGGAGAGCUCCAUACUGCGAGAAGGGAGCGUUCCCCCAUGCCAGAUGACAAGUCCUCAAGAAACAUGUCACCUACACCAUCUGCUAGCUGCUAUGACAUAAGAGAACGCAUCCUUCAGAGGUCUACCAGUCAGGGCUCCAUUGGCUCACCUGUCUACAAUCGUCAUAGUUACACCCCGUUGUCACGCUCACCACAGCAUUUUCACAGACCAGGCACUGAUCCACAUAGCGGGCGGAGCUCCCCUACACCCCAAAGGCCAGACAGCCGGCCUGUCACUCCGCCUCUCUCUCUGACCCCUAAACAUUUCCACCUCCCAGAUCAGGGGAUCAACAUUUACAGGAAACCACCCAUCUACAAACAACACGGAUCAGAAGGAGGAAGGAGAUGGUCUAGGGAAGAGGAGGAAGAGGAGGCCCUGAAGAGAAAGCAGCUCCAGGAGGAGCAUAUCAACAAGAUCCAGUCUGGUUUGGGGAAGCUGAUAAUGAAGGAGGAGAAUGAGAAGGAGCAGAUCAGGGAACACAGCCAAUCAGCUCAGCGCUAUGAUCCCCAUCAGACGAACUGUGAUGGAGAUAAUUCCAAAACGUCAUCGCUGCCUGGUUAUGGACGGAAUGGAUUACACAGGCCUCAGUCCGCAGAUUUCACUCCUUACAACAGCCAUGGCAACAUGUGUGGGGGAGGAAGAGAGUUUCAGCACAUUAGGGAUGGCAGUGCUGCAGUAACAAGAAUGGACAGGGGAGUGUCUAUGCCUAAUAUGUUGGAAACAAAAGUUGUACCAUAUGAAAUGCUCAUGAUAACCAGUAGAGGGCGAGCUAAACUGCCAAGGGAGGUGGACAGAACAAGACUGGAGCGCCACUUAGCCCCAGAAACGUUCUUUGACAUCUUUGGGAUGGAGAUCCAGGAGUUUGACAGGCUUCCACUGUGGAAACGCAACAACAUGAAAAAGAAGGCCAAUCUCUUCUAGCAGUCAGAGCAGAAUGCACUCAUCCCAUCCUUUCAGAUAGCACUCUACUUUAACACUGUAAUAUAGAUGUAAAGUUUGUUUAGAUUUUUGUCAACCUUUUUUUCUGACAUGUUCAAGAAGGCAAUGGAGACUCUUCUUUCUUUUUUCACGAUGCCUCCUCUGCAGACUGAAUACAUGAUGUGAUUACUAUUAGAUACAUUUGAAAGGCUACAAGGAAAGAAAAUAAAACAAUUUCUUCCAUGUUCAAAAAUUAGAAAGAAUUAUGAAUUAAGUCAUGUUCUUUUUGAUUGCUGCGCUUGUUUUAAUUUCUGGCUUUGCUUUGAAUGGAACUGCUUUCCUUGACCUGCUUGUUUCCUCAUAUUUGUUGCUGUUGAUUCCUGUGGAACCUUGUUAGUAGAAUUUCAUGGCACCAUAUGAAACAUGCUGUUCACAUGCAAAAAUUGAAUGUCUGUCAGCUUCACAUGUCAAUGGUCAGUUUGCCCUCAUUUGGGCUAUCAAGUCAAAUCAAAUGGCUGUCUUCAUCAUGGGAAAUAUUGGGUCUUGCCAUUUCUUUAUGGCCCUAGUACAUACCAGCUAGACUAAGCUCCUAACUAUGUUACUCUCACUGGCAUCAGAGUCUGGAAAAGCUGCUAUUCAAAACAAUAUAAUGGGGUUUACGUAUAGAUCCGGGUCAUAUUCUUUAGGGCAUGAAACGGAAAACAUUUUAAACUGCUUUUCAACAGAAAACGGAAAUGAGCCUUCAUUAUUGGAUGAGUCCAAGUAGUCCCUCCCUGUUUCAGUCUGUUUUCUUUGGUUUGAUGCCAAAUGAGUUCGACUCAGUUUCGCCUCUCAGGCUCCCAUUGGAGUAGCAAUUCCUAUUUUACUAACAAACACAUUAAAUGUAAAAAAUAAAAAUGAAA